AAGCGCCACUGAAACCGAUGUAGAUACAUAGAGACUAGAGAGUAUCACAAAACCACCAAAAUUCAUCCUUCUAUUCAUCAAUCCGUAAUUACCUAUCUUUCCACUUUCUUUCUCCUACAAUGGAGCUACCACCCACUAUUGCAACAUGCUUUCUCAUGAAUGCUUCCAAAUCUCAACAAUCCACGAGUUCUCUCUCAGAUGAUAAGAACGUAGCACCGCAUAUCGUGACCUUUAACCAUCACAUUGUCAACAAAUUCGGCAAAAAUUCAUUUUUAUGGGAAGGUCCCACACCAAAAGUGAUCAUCACAGACCCUGAGCAAAUCAAAGAAGUCUUCAACAAGAUCCAAGACUUUGAGAAACCAAAGUUGAGCCCCAUUAUCAAUUUGUUGGGCACUGGACUUGCAAAUUUACAAGGCGAGAAAUGGAGGAUACAUCGAAAGAUUAUCGACCCUGCUUUCCAUUUUGAAAAAUUGAAGGUUAUGAUACCAACUUUUUAUAAAUGUUGCGAGGAGAUGGUUUCAAAAUGGGAAGGGAUGUUAUCUUCGGACAACAAAUGUGAAAUUGAUGUAUGGCCUUUCCUUCAAAAUUUGACCUGUGAUAUUAUUUCUAGAACAGCCUUUGGAAGCAGUUACGAAGAAGGAAAAAGAAUAUUUGAACUUCUGAAAGAGCAAGCUGGGUUGAUUAUGAAAUUACGAAAUGUUUACAUUCCAGGAUGGUGGUUGCUACCGACAACUACACAUAGGAGGAUGAAAGAAAUAGAUACUGAUAUACGGGCGUCACUUAAAGGAAUCAUCAACAAACGAGAGAAAUCAAUCAAGGCCGGUGAAGUCUUACACCAUGAUUUAUUAGGCAUGCUUUUGGAAUCAAAUCGUAUGGAAAUACAUGAACAUGGAAACAAUAAGACCGUUGCAAUGACUUGCCAAGAAGUAAUUGAGGAAUGUAAUGCAUUCUACCUAGCAGGGCAAGAAACUACAUCGACUUUGCUGGUUUGGACAAUGAUAUUGUUGAGUAGAUAUCCUGAUUGGCAAGCACAUGCUAGGGAGGAAGUAUUGCAUGUUUUUGGUAACCAAAAGCCAGAUUAUGAUGGGUUAAGUCACCUCAAAAUUGUGACCAUGAUUUUAUAUGAGGUUCUCAGACUCUACCCACCUGCAGUUUAUUUCAAUCAAGCUAUCAAGAAUGAUGUGGAACUUGGAAACGUGUCCCUUCCUAAAGGAGUGCAAGUUUCCUUACCAAUAUUGUUGAUUCACCAAGAUCAUGAUAUUUGGGGUGAUGAUGCUACCGAAUUCAAACCAGAAAGAUUUGCUGAAGGAGUUGCAAAGGCAACAAAAGGCCAAGUCUCGUUUUUCCCAUUUGGACGGGGUCCUAGAGUGUGCAUAGGCCAAAAUUUUGCUCUAUUAGAAGCAAAGAUGGUUUUGUCACUACUUUUACAAAAAUUCUCAUUCGAGCUUUCUCCUGCCUAUGCACAUGCUCCAACCAUUGUGUUCACCCUUAAUCCUAAAUUUGGGGCUCAUAUCAUUUUACACAAGCUGUAGUGUCACUUUUAUUAGCAUUUUGUUAGUUGAAAUAAAGGCUCAAACUUGUGUUAAAGUGGCUGUCAAUUCUCUUUGGAUUUGCACUACCAUAGGCUUGUUUUAAUUUUAAGAAAUUAAGGUUUAAUAAGGUUAAAACUCAA